ACGUAUAUGAGAUUGUGUGUGUGUGGGUGGCUGUCAGACAGACAGGCAGCAGUGUAGGCACCACGAGGAGGGAAACAGCACGAGGCGGCAGGCGGGCUUCUCGAGCGCGCGGGAGACUCUGAGGCGAAACUAUAAAUUACCCUGUCAGCCCGAGCCGCCCCUCUACCCUUCGCUUCUUCACUUAUGUGUAUGCCUGAACCCAUGCCAGGGGGGUGUGCGAUGGCAACUAAUGGCCUCCAGUGGAGCUGAAGACACAAGGAAUGGGGCAUCACGGCCUGCCCUCGUUGUCCAAGCCAAGUCCGCUGUAGUCCAUUCACCCAAUGCACGAGGCUCCUUCAACGCUGAAAGAAAGAGGUUUCAGGGCGGUGCGGGUGAUUCGCUGCCUCAGCCGAAUGUGAGAGUGCUGUAUGAUCAGCCCUACUGUGUCUCAGGGAUCCCCACACAACGUGCCUAUCCACACGUGCCUACCAUAAGAGUCAGCCGCGUUCAGAGCACAAGCGUGAGUUCUUUGAAUGGUGCUAGUAAUGGUUUAAGGACACGCGGUGUUAGAUCGAAGAGCUUGCCGCAUAUCAACGCUACUCCUGCUGCAUGCCAUAGCCACAGUCAACCCCACUGGAACCUUGAAUCAUUUAGGUUCAAGUCAGGGCUGUUGGGUAAAAGGGCCUUUUCACCUCAGCUGUCUGUUUGUCCUCCCUGUCCCUCCCCACCCAAGUCUUCUUCUCAAAGGUUUGUAAUUGAAAAGAUCAUGCCUACCAAUCAGUCUUUGCCUUGGACAAGCAACAAGCUCAGGGAUAACAGCAAUGGAGUUAUGCGGCCGCCAAAUGCCAAAAUGCCCUCUUACUCUAAACAAGAGACCAAUGACCUCCACAGUCCUGCCAAUAUCAUAACCUGCUGCAAUGGGACAUAUUCACGAGGCCUCAAAGCAGAUGCAAUAAAGCCUCCCCAACCGAGCGUGCCUUUGAAAGACGCAUGCAGGGAUGUGCUUUUGAACCACAGCAAGGCGGCCAAGGAUUUGAGGCAGUUUGAGAAGAUCAUAGUGGAAGACACUAGAGCAAACGAGCUGGAUUGCUGCGUAGGACAUGGUGCCAGUGAAGCUUCUCAGAGAGUGACAAAAAUCAGCUCUGAGGCAGAGUUCACCACUGUUCAAAAACUCAAUGUACAUGCAAAACACAGGACACUCAACAUUCUGAGCAACAUAAAACAUCUGACAGAUAGUUCUGUGCCCGUCUGCCUUAUUAAUGAAGAUAAAGAGUCUUGUUUUGCGCUCAUGGAAACCAUGGAUGAAAAGUGCCCCUCUGCUGUUCUUUGUGAUGGUAAGAUGCAUGGAGGUGAUUGUGCCAUUCCAGAGGUGACUGCCCAUAAUAUGGCCUCUCCUCAUUCGCCAUCUGUUUACACCGUCACAAACCAGAUAUCUGCCAUUCAUCUCACAAAAGAGAAAAGUUGUCUCGCCUCUCAGAUGGACACAAGCCCCUUGACACUUGAUGGAGAGGAGGAAGAUAAUCCAGAGAUGCAGAGACAUGCAAUGCUGGUAGAUGUUGAUGAGGAGGAGCUUCCAGAUCAGCUGGAGAAUGACUUCAGUGAUGAUGAUGAUUGUGAUGUCUCCUCAACAACGUCCAUGGCAGCCUCGUCCAAUGUGGAGGAGCCUAUUAGUCCUGAUGUGGAGGGGGAUCUGGUGGAGAGACCCGCACUUGUUUCCAGUCUCUUCCCUCAUAUGUCCCCCACACUGUACUUCAGUACUGCCAAUGAAAGAGUGGAGCUGUUGCCUGAUGAACAGAGGAAGCUACUCAAAUGGAAGAUAACUACAGUCACUCCCAAUGUGGUGAAAAACACCAUCUCCAGAUCGCACUUCAAAGCUACCAAGAAGAGUCAUGAUUGGCUUGGCUGUUGGGGUCACCAUAUGAAGUCACCAGGGUUCAAGGCUAUUAGAGAGUUUCAGAAGCUGAACCACUUUCCAGGCUCCUUUCAGAUCGGCCGGAAGGACCGACUUUGGAGGAACCUGUCCAAGAUGCAGGCACGCUUUGGCAAAAGAGAGUUUGGCUUCUUCCCACGCUCCUUCAUUCUCCCACAGGAUAUCAAGCUACUGAGGAAGGCCUGGGAGGAUGGAUGCAGCAAGCAGAAAUGGAUUGUCAAACCGCCUGCAUCUGCACGUGGAAUUGGCAUUCAGGUCAUUCACAAGUGGAGCCAAAUGCCACGCAAGCGACCGCUCCUCGUGCAGAAGUAUCUUCACAAGCCCUACCUCAUCAGUGGGAAUAAGUUUGAUCUACGCAUCUACGUGUAUGUGACUUCUUACGACCCACUCCGUGUUUACAUCUUUAACGAUGGACUAGUACGUUUUGCAAGUUGCAAAUACUCUCCUUCUAUGAAGACCCUCAACAACAAGUUUAUGCACCUUACAAACUACAGUGUAAAUAAGAAGAACUCUGAGUAUCAGAGUAACAGCGAUGACAAGGCCUGUCAGGGCCAUAAAUGGGCUUUGAAGGCACUGUGGCAAUACUUGGGCUGCCAGGGUAUCAACACCACUCUCAUCUGGGAGAAGAUCAAAGAUAUGGUCAUCAAAACCAUCAUUGCGUCUGACCCCUAUGUGAACUCACUGGUGAAGAUGCAUGUACAUUCUGCCUAUAGCUGUCAUGAGCUGUUUGGCUUUGACAUCAUGUUGGAUGAGAAUCUGAAGCCAUGGGUGCUGGAGGUGAACAUCUCACCCAGUCUGCAUUCGAACACACCGCUGGACGUCAGCAUCAAGGGUCAGAUGAUACGGGACCUGCUGAACCUUGCUGGCUUUGUCUUGCCAUUGGGAGAAGACAAUGAGCCUUCCAGUUCCAGUGCCAGCAGCUCCACCAGCAGUUUAUGUGGAGGGGUGCGAGAGAGAUGGCGAUCAGACAUUUCGACUGAUGAGAAAGUAAAGAGAGCUUUUUAUCUGAGCCAGCGCUUUGGAGACCAGGAAUUCUGUGCCACAAUCCUUGAUGUGCUGACUCCUGGUGAUGUGCGUGUGCUGGCAGAGAGUGAGGAUGAGUUGACUCGUAAAGGAGAUUUUGAGCGGGUUUUUCCCUCGCAUGCUUCCUCCCGGUACCUCCGCUUCUUUGAGCAACCACGCUACCUCAACAUCCUCCUCAACCAAUGGGAACAGAAAUACUGGCUCAGCAGGAGCAAAGCGAUCAAUUUACUGAGGGAUUUGUGUGAGAAGAGGGUGCACCUGGGGAACCUGGCAGAUUCUGUUCAUCACUGGUCUUCCAAGUCGUAUCAUGGACAUAGACCUCAGCUGUCAAGAUCUAGUGUGAUGGUCAGUCAGAGAUCUGAUGCUGAAGACGAGGACUUGUCUGAUCGGGAAGUUCAGUCAGUCACCAUGAGUCUUCCAGACAUGAGUUUACUGAGUACUGUUAGCCUGAGUCCCAGUCCCACCUCCAGCUCCAGCCUGGUCAGUGACAGCUUGCCUUCUCACAAUGACUUUUAAGCUUGACCCCCACAACCCUGGAACUUCAGACCUUCAAAACUGUGUGUAUACUUAACAUCUCACCUAAAGCUCCUAGUAGAGCCCUUAGAGUUGUGCAGUUCUGCAUUUGGAGAAGAUUGGAAAGCAGACUAAAUAAAAUAACUGGCCAACUGUAUGUGUUCAAAGCAGUAUUUUGAUGCUGGAACACACAUGCAGGUGUGUGUAUAUGCAGUGCAUGUGGGUGGCGGGGAAAAAGAGUUCUUUUGUUUUGGGGUUUGAUUGCAUUUCUAAAUGGGCCUAUAAAUAAUUUGGAUUUGUUUACAUCAAAGGUUCUAUUUAUAGUAAAGGCAUCUCUUGGGCAGAUUUGAAAUGUGUGGGAUGAAAGAUGAUGUUUGGAAAGAUAUACUAUUGUCAAAAUUAAAAAAAUUGCUGUCAUGUCUUCUAAUUAAAUUUGUAUGCCUGGCAGAAGGGAAACAACAUGCUCAGGUUAGGGUUUUUAAAUUAAAAUUGCUAUUUGAAAUAUGA